CACAAAAAAACACUGAAGGUUUUUUGCUUUUCUCCUCUUCAUCAUUCAGUAUAACAUCUUUCAUUGGGUGUUGUCAUCUUGCCUUCUCUUUUCUAUUUCUUCUCUUUCUGAGUCUAUCUUGGAUAAACCAUCUUUUUUAUCAUUAACAUCAUAUUACAACAGCCAUAUUUUCACCAAAAAAUUCAUCUGUUCAUUAAAUUUGACAAUAUUUUUCGUCAUCUCUUCACAUAAACAACAAGAGUAGUUCAUUGACAACACUUGUUCAACUGUUUUCACCUAACCAUGUCUUCCCCAAGCACAAUGUUUUGUAGCCGGUGUGGCUCUGGAUUCGAGGAGAAUGAAAAAAUUGUCAACUCUGGAGGUGAAGUUUGGCAUCAGUCAUGUUUUGUGUGUGCCCAAUGCUUCCGCCCAUUCAGUAAAGAUGCCAUCUUUUAUGAAUUUGAAGGUCGAAAAUACUGUGAACAUGAUUUUCAUGUUCUCUAUGCUCCUUGUUGUGGUAAAUGUGGACAUUUUAUCAUUGGACGAGUUAUCAAAGCCUUGAAUAAUAAUUGGCAUCCAGAUUGUUUCAACUGUCAAAUAUGUCAGAUUCCAUUAGCUGACCAAGGUUUCAUCAAAAAUGCUGGCCGUGCUUUGUGCCAUGAAUGUAAUGCCAGGGAAAAGGCUGCAGCUAUCGGAAAAUAUAUAUGCCAUAAAUGUCAUGCAAUAAUUGAUGAAGGAGCUCCUCUCAAGUAUAAGAGUGAACCUUAUCAUCCGUAUCAUUUCAAUUGUUACUCUUGUGGUGUUGAACUUGACUCAAACGCACGUGAAGUGAAAGGUGAAUUAUAUUGUUUAAGAUGUCACGAUAAAAUGGGUAUACCUAUUUGUGGAUCUUGUCAUCGGCCAAUCGAAGAGAGGAUUGUUACAGCAUUGGGGAAAAAUUGGCAUGUUGAACAUUUCGUUUGUGCAAAAUGUGAAAAACCCUUCCUUGGUCAUAGACAUUAUGAGAAAAAGGGACUAGCAUACUGCGAAACUCAUUAUCAUCAAUUAUUUGGCAAUUUAUGUUACGUCUGCAAUCAUGUAAUUAGUGGUGAUGUUUUUACAGCUUUAAAUAAGGCUUGGUGCGUUGAUCAUUUUAGCUGCUCAUUUUGUGAUAUGAAAUUAACACAAAAAAGCAAAUUCUAUGAUGUCGAUCUUAAACCCUGUUGUAAACGAUGCUUUGAAAAGUUCCCCUCUGAAUUGAGGAAAAGAUUGAAGAAACAUUACUCCGAAAAGGCUACUGGCAAUAAAAGCAUUCUGUGAAAUCUCUCCACAACAUUUUGUCGUCAAUUCACGAACUGCCUUUUUAUGUGAUCCAAACUUUAUCCCGUUAUGAGUCCAUCCAAAAAUUUAUUAACUGGCAACUUAAGAUGACCUGGAAUUCAAUUAUUAUGAUAGAAUGAUGAAAAAUUCAUGCAUUUAUUAUUUGCAUUUUGAGAAAAUGUAUGAGUUCUACAUAUUCUUGCCUUUCUAUUAGUGCCAAUAGUAAUUUAUCUGGGAUGAAUUACUGUGGAAAUUUAUGCAGCUAAUUAAAAUUACAAAAGUGAAGCUAUCGAAUUGGAAUUUCGUUUAUUUUAUAAUUUAAUGUUCAUCAAAGCUUCUCAUCGACAAGCCUUAACUUCCGGAUAUUUUAUCCAGUCUUCUCCAUCAUAUUUGAUUUUAAAUGAGCGUUUAUUGACUACAAUACACAUGUUACAUGUAUAAUUCAAACAAUUAUACACUCAUCAAAAGCAAUAUAAAACAAAUUAUUUUAAUCUAUUUCA